CCUUCAAAUUCAAGCAAAAAAAUUCAUGGGUUCAGAAACUUUCAUAGAAGUUAUUCUAGCAAUACUCCUACCACCUGUUGGGGUUUUCCUUCGUUAUGGCUGUGAAGUGGAGUUUUGGAUAGACUUGUUGCUGACAAUAUUGGGGUACAUACCAGGAAUCAUAUAUGCUCUUUAUGUGUUGGUAGGAUAAUGUGAAAGAGGUUGAUGAUGUACUGGGAAUCAUAUGUGACAUGUACUUGUUUAGUAGGAUCGUUGAUGUUUGAAAAAGAGUUAGCAACUUAUGUGGUUUUUUCAUAUCAUUGUAUGCUUAAUUUAA